AUGGCUCUUAGUAUCAUCCGAGUCCAGUCUCCGGAUGGAGUGAAGCGGAUCACAGCAACAAAAAGAGAAACAGCUGCAGCAUUUUUGAAAAAGGUUGCAAAGGAGUUUGGCUUCCAGAACAACGGCUUCUCAGUUUACAUCAACAGAAACAAGACUGGAGAGAUAACAGCGUCGAGCAGCAAAUCCCUCCAUUUGCUAAAAAUCAAGCAUGGCGAUUUGUUGUUCCUGUUUCCCUCAAGCCUUGCUGGACCCUCAUCAGAGAUGGAGACAUCAACCUCACUGGGAGUGAAGCCUUUUAUUCCCAAUGUGGUGGAGGACGAGAUUGAUCAGUACCUCAGCAAGCAGGAUGGGAAGAUUUACAGGGGCCGAGAUCCGCAGCUAUGCCGCCAUGGCCCCUUGGGAAAGUGUGUGCACUGCGUUCCGCUGGAGCCAUUCGAUGAAGACUACCUGAAUCACUUGGAGCCUCCUGUGAAGCACAUGUCCUUCCACGCCUACAUCCGUAAGCUGACUGGAGGCGCUGACAAGGGGAAGUUUGUUGCCCUGGAGAAUAUCAGCUGUAAGAUUAAGUCAGGAUGUGAGGGACACCUCCCAUGGCCCAAUGGUAUCUGUACCAAGUGCCAACCCAGUGCCAUCACACUGAACAGACAGAAAUACAGACAUGUAGACAAUAUCAUGUUUGAGAAUCACACUGUUGCUGACCGCUUCCUUGACUUCUGGAGAAAGACGGGGAACCAGCAUUUCGGGUACUUGUAUGGACGGUACACGGAGCACAAGGAUAUUCCCUUGGGCAUCAGGGCCGAAGUGGCAGCGAUUUAUGAACCUCCUCAGAUUGGCACACAGAAUAGCCUGGAGCUUCUUGAAGAUCCAAAGGCCGAGGUGGUGGAUGAGAUUGCUGCCAAACUUGGUCUGAGGAAGGUUGGUUGGAUAUUCACAGACCUCAUCUCAGAAGAUACCCGAAAGGGUACAGUCCGAUAUAGUCGAAAUAAGGACACUUACUUCCUGAGCGCAGAAGAAUGCAUAACUGCAGGAGACUUCCAGAACAAGCACCCCAACAUCUGCCGGCUUUCUCCUGAUGGGCACUUUGGAUCCAAGUUUGUCACUACAGUAGCCACAGGUGGUCCAGACAACCAGGUCCAUUUUGAAGGAUACCAGGUGUCCAAUCAGUGCAUGGCGCUGGUCCGUGAUGAGUGUCUACUACCAUGCAAGGAUGCUCCUGAGCUCGGCUAUGCCAAGGAGUCCAGCAGUGAGCAGUACGUGCCUGAUGUGUUUUAUAAGGACAUAGACAAGUUUGGCAAUGAGAUCACCCAGCUGGCCCGCCCCCUGCCUGUGGAGUACCUGAUCAUAGACAUCACCACGACCUUCCCCAAGGAUCCAGUUUACACUUUUUCUAUUUCUCAAAAUCCGUUUCCUAUUGAAAACCGGGAUGUACUGGGUGAGACACAGGACUUCCACAGUCUGGCCACCUAUUUGUCCCAGAACUCCUCCUCUGUGUUCUUGGACACCGUCUCGGACUUCCACCUGCUGCUGUUCCUAGUCACCAAUGAGGUCAUGCCUCUGCAGGACAGCAUCAGUCUGCUGCUAGAGGCUGUGAGGACCAGAAAUGAGGAGCUGGCACAGACAUGGAAGAAGUCUGAGCAGUGGGCAACCAUUGAGCAGCUCUGCAGCACCGUGGGUGUGCAGCUCCCUGGCCUCCAUGAGUAUGGCGCGGUGGGAGGCUCGGCACACACCGCUGCGGCCGCCGUGUGGGCCUGCCAGCACUGCACCUUCAUGAACCAGCCAGGCACCGGCCACUGUGAGAUGUGCAGCCUCCCCAGGACCUAGGGCCCCGCCCCUCUGGCGCCCGGAGCCCCACAUGCUCCUGUGAGGCUGAAGGUGUGGACAGGCUGCCCUGGGGUCUUGGACCUACAGGAGAGAGCUUUUCAGCCAUGAUCCUGGAGGGAAGGUGUCCCUGCUGCUGUGCUAGGCCUGAACAGAACUUCCCACCUGGAAACGCAACGUAGCCCUGACCGACACCCACACACCUCACGCAGUUUUCAGCUCCUCUACUGUGGUGGAAGCACCUCCAGAUCACCGUGUGGAGUUACGGAUGCAGGGAGGGGUUGCCGCUGCCGCCCAGCUUUCCUCUUCCUUCUGAAGCUUUGUUCUUUAUUUCCCCUGCCCUGUUGUUUUCUUGGGAGUUCCCCAUCUCUGUUCAGUUGCUCUGGGAUGAAGGCCCUGCCUGUAAGGGUCACAUGAGUGGCCCACCUGGCGGGACCCUGUGGCUGGCCGUGGCCUCCGUGGCCUGGCUGCAGGUCAGUGCCGCCAUCCUCCUUUUGCCGACAUCAGGUGGGAUUUUAAAGUCUGCGUUGGUGAUAAUAAUAGUUAUCAGUAACUCCUGCCUGGAAAACCUGUAUUUAUUGUUUUAAGAUAAGACUGCACAAAAGGGAAGUGAGAGGCUAGUUUUUGCCUCCUCUCCUCCUCCAGUGCAGCUCCUUGUGGGUGUUCAGCAUGGUGAGUGGGCUGGGCCACCAUUGGUUCUUUGACGCAAACCUCAGUGCCUGAGACUUUUCUACCAAACCCCCUGGCUGUGGCAGCUGAGCAGGAGCGGCAUGGUGGCCCUUUCCUGUCCGGACAGUCCUAAUGGCUAGCACUGGAGAUUUGGCUCCUGCUUCCCCAAUACUGAUCCUCUACCCACAGCCUCCUCGUACUCUGGCCUUCUGCAAAGUGCGGGGCCACUGAGAAGGAUGCAGUGAGAGCAUUUGUGGGGCCUGGGCGCUCGAUGCUGCCCGCACACCGAGCAGCUAGGAGAUCCAGAACAGUAUCCCCGCGGUCUCUCGGCUGUCCAACAGAGCUGGACUGGGUCUAGCCUUUUCCCAGACAAGUGGGCAUCAUAAUGUCUCUUUGCCUUAUAAAGAGCGAACCAGCUGAGCUGCACCCUGGAAAGGACUGGCGGGUCCAGACUGAGAGACCGGGCGUCCUGUCCUGAAGAAGUGUCCCAUGCUGGUCCCAUCCCUGGCCUUGUAGACAGGACAUGUGCUUGUUGGGCGUUUAUGGCAGGGCCAGUGCUGGACCCCACCAGGCUUGGUGGUUGUGGCAGGGCUGUACGGGUGGAGGGUCGGAAGUGGGCAGAGGCGGGAAGGCAAGUCUCCCCAGAGGUCAGCCAGCACACCAUUGACAAGUGCUGAGGGGGCCUGGUCUAAGGCCAGCUGUGAGCCUGGGUGGCCUGGCCCUGCCAUGCUGAUCCCUCUUCCCGAGGCCCUCCACGCCUGUGUUGUGGCCUGUCUACCUUGGCCCAGUGCUGGACAGCACACUGCUCUGGAGGCCUGUCUACCACUGCGCCGUCGCUUCCCCUCCUGUCUGUUCUCUUAGCCACCAAACCAAUCUUUUGUGUUUUUUUUCCCCCCACAUCAGCCAAUAUUUUUCUCAUUCUGAAAUUCUGGCAUCUCCAUUAAUUCAUGUCUUCAGCUCUUAGCUAAAGAAAAAGUGUUGUGUUUCUCUGCUUAUGGUUUUGAGUUGCUCUUUGUUCAGUAAUGCACUUUAUUUUAUUGUCCAAAGAGAGUCAAGCUAAUGUUACCAGGCUGGGGAGGUCCCUGCGAGGGUCCCGGCCUGGGCAGCCCAGCCAUCUUGCUCUGCAUGGGGUGGCCCAGCCCCACCUCAUGCCCUCUUGUGCCACCUGGCCCCACGGCCUGACGUCCCUCCAGGCCCGGGGGUGGGGUCCGACUCCGGCUGCCUCUGACCAGCCUGCUCCUGGGACUCGGGUGCUCCCGCUUCGGCUCUGCUUUGGGCUCGCAGGUGUGUUGGCUGGGUGUGGACUAGCCUUACCUCGAUCCCAGCUCGCAGUGAAAUCUAAUAAAAGCACCUGAAGCGAC